AAGAAAAGAAUCACGUACAAAUCACGUGAAAAUCGAUGAAUUUGGUGAGAAAAUCGCAAUGAAAAUGUGUGAAACAUAAAACGUGAAGUGUCUAAAUUUUCACAAGUGAAUCAUGAAUCAUGUGAUUAUUCACAUGCGACUUUUCUGUAGAGGAUUUAUUUGUUGUAUGUUUUUUUAAAAAAAAGUCAAAAAGCAUUGAUCAGUGCAGGUGAAGCGGCUCUGUACUGCUGCCCUCUGCACACGAGGGAGGGUCGAGUUUCACUGAAGACACAGAGAGAGAGAGAGAUGGAGUGAUGAAGAGAGGGAGAGAGAGAGAGAGGGAGAGAGAGAGAGGGAGAGAGAUGGAGGGAUGGCCAGCCUCCUGUCACCUUUCCCUUACUCGCACUUCCUUUCUUAGAGGCUCUUCUCCUACAUUUAUAACAUCCAUCACCAUCUUCCAUCGAGUCAUCACCUCCUGAUGGUCUUCGGCGUUUGAGAUGUGGACGCUUGGGACAGUGUUGACCGUCGUCUCCGUCGUUCUACCAGGAUCGUGGUGCAGCAGAUGGACAGUGAGCUUCUCGAGGACGGACAUCUGCACCUGGGCCGGGACCACCGUCAUCCUGCCGUGCCGUUACGACUAUCCAUCGCCCUACAGCGCCACGCAGGUCAUGUGGUUCCACAUCACGGCCGACGGUAAACGGGAUUUCGCCUACCACACCGACCCCAACCUGGUCAGUCCGUCCUACAGGAACAGGGUCAAGUACGUGGGCGGGCACAAGAGGUGCAGCCUGCAGAUCACGGGCAUCAAGCUGAGCGACGGCGGUCAGUAUCACUUCAGGUUCGAGACGGACCACCAGCAGGGGAGAUGGACCUCACCGGACUCCAUCAAUCUUUCAGUAACUGAGCUCCAGGUUCAGGUUCAUCCUGCGAGAAUCUCCAACAUGUUUGCUUCAGGUGAGACGGUGUUUCUGAGCUGCGUAGCUCGAGGCUGUGCAGCUGCAGGAAAGACCUUCGCCCUCUACAGGAACGGAGUUAACCUGGGCUACUCAGACAAAGUGUCACCCAUCUAUAACUUCGACAGUCAGCACGCCGGGACGUACUACUGCAGACCAGUUCCACCGCAGAACGUCCAGUCUCCCAGCAUCAGCCUGUCUGUGGGAUAUGCUCCGCGUCACACCUCAGUGCUGUUGAGUACGCAGGGUCCCCUGACAGAAGGUGACUCCGUGACUCUGACGUGCAGCAGUGAAGGCGCUCCGGCGGUGGAGAGCUUCGCCUGGUUUAGAGAGGGCGAGAGCGGCAGCGUUCCCGACAGCUUCAAACCCGACCUCAAGCUCUGGAGUCUGGACUACCGAGACCAUGGAGAGUACUUCUGUGUGGCCCGCAACUCCAUCGGCACCGACCGCUCCAGACCCGUCCUGGUCAACGUUACCUAUCCUCCCAAGAACACGAAGGUCCUAAUCAGCGCCAAAGGUGACGUCAUGGAGGGCCACGCAGUCAAUCUGACUUGCAUCAGCAACGCUAACCCACCAGUGAAGAGAUACGCCUGGUACAAGGUCAUCGGAGGUCAACCCUGGGCCAAAGGUUCCUCCCAGAACCUCACCUUCAGCAGUGUGCGCUCACACCAUGCCGGGCAGUAUUACUGCACCGUGUGGAACGUUUUGGGGAUGGGAAUGUCUCCACCUGUCACUCUGUCUGUGCUGUAUGCCCCCAAGAACACCUCGGUUUUGGCUCGUCCGUCCAGCGUGAUCGAGGCAGGUGGCUCCUUGACCCUGACCUGCAGCAGUCAGGCGAACCCGGCGGUAGAGAACUACACCUGGCACCGGAUCAAUGCCGCUGACGCCUGGGAAACACGAUCAGGCCAGAGCUACACCAUCGCUGAGGUCAGCACCGGAGUCAGCGGCCAGUACUACUGCGAGGCCCGCAACCGCAUCGGCGUGCACAGCUCUCCGGUCCUCACCGUCAGGGUGCGAGGUCGGCUGAAGGUCAUCGCUCUGGCAUCAGCAGUUGGUGUUUCUGUAGCACUCAUUACUCUGACAGUCGCCGUCAUGAUCAGUAAGAAUAUGCACAGAGUGGAUGGUGAAGCACUGGAAAUAGACAAGCAGCUUGGAUCCCCCAUGGAAGUGGACACACUUUUUUAUGAAUGUCCUCAACCAACUUUUCAGCCCCGGAGCUCGAAGAUGGCAGACAUUCCAGAGGAACCAGAAGACAUUCAUGACAACAUUCAUCCUUCCAUUGUGCCCCUUAAGGAAGCUGAGGAGAAAACUGAGACAGACAAGAAAGAUGGCAAUGACGGGAAAGUCAAAUACGUCACUGUGCAUUAUUCUCGUACACCAAGCCAGGACCAAGUGCAAGUCACAAAUCUUCCACAGGAUGGUGCUGCGAAGGAGACUAAAGACAGACAUGGAGUUGAGUAUUCCGUCCUGGCCAGACAUCCGUAACUAAUGAACCUAAAUAAUACCACAAGUUCAGUCGUCUUGACUAACUAAUGUCCCAGUGUUCAAACUGACCUCGUCCAUAUAGUAUAAAUAUAAAUAUAGUGUGCAUCCUGCCAUGCUAAUGGAACUAGCCAGAAAUAUACUGUAUGUUGUGGCUGGUUAAUGUUCAGAUUUAGCAUAACAUGAUGAAAACUUAGCCAUGCUAGCCAUGUUUGGUUUAACUAUGACAAAUCUUAGACAAAUAAAUACCAUCUGUCAUUCAACUGAGGUCAUGCUACAUCUGUUGUACUGCCAAACUGUUUUCUUUUUCAAAGGUAUAAAUCUAAUCUCUGGUCUAGAUUCAGAUUCUAGAUUAAUGACUCAAUGUUGCAGUUGAUAUCAUGAAUCUUACCUAAAUCUGUUCUGAAUUCAUCAGAAUCCACGAAGAUGCUUUUACAAUAAUAAUCUGAGAUUAUUACUGUAAAAGCAGUGAGACAGCCUAGCUGAUUUUGACCUCAUUGUUCAAAAUAAGCUGCUAUGAUCACCAUCCUUAUGAAGCUUGAUGUAUUAACGACUAACAGAUGUUUCAUUGUAAUUGAAUCAACUGACGUUCCCACUUUUAAUAAAACUAUGCUGUCCAAAACAUCA